AUGAGUGUUGCUGCACUGAGCACCUCCAGAGCCCUGGGCAGUGUCUCUGGGCUCCUGCAGGUGGCCUCCCUGAUCAGCCUGGUUCUGCUUCUGCUCAAGGCAGCACAGCACUACCUUCGCAGAGAUUGGCUGCUCAAAGCCCUCCAGAAGUUCCUGUCUCCUCCUUCCCACUAGCUCUAUGGGCACAUGCAGGAGUUCCAAGAGGAGACCGAGCUGCGACCCCUACUGAAGAGGGUAGAGAAAUACCCAAGUGCCUGUGUUCGCUGGCUGUGGGGGACGAAAGCCCUGGUGUUGAUCUAUGACCCUGACUACAUGAAGGUGGUCCUGGGAAGAUCAGACCCAAAGUCUCAUGAUGCCUACAGAUUGCUGAUUCCCUGGAUUGGGAAUGGUUUGCUUUUGUUGGAGGAGCAGCCGUGGUUCCGGCACCGGCGGAUGCUGACCCCAGCCUUCCACUAUGACAUCCUGAAGCCCUACGUGGGUCUCAUCACUGACUCUGUCCGAGUGAUGCUGGACAAGUGGGAGGAGCUCGUCAGCCUGGACUCACAUCUGGAGAUCCUUGGACACGUCUCCUUGAUGACCCUGGACAUCAUCAUGAAGUGUGCCUUCAGCCACCAGGGCAGCAUCCAGACAGACAGAUGGAGUGAUCAGGCGGUGGAAAGCUCACCUACAGAAGGAGGGAGAGCUGGAGAAGGUGAGGAGCAAGAGGCACUUGGAUUUCCUGGACAUCCUCCUCAUUGCCAGAGUGAGUGUGGGCAGGAGAGGCCUGAGCCCUGCCCACCCUCAAAUGGGUUUCCUUUCAGAGACCACCUGGAUCAGAUGCCCUACAUCACCAUGUGCAUCAAGGAGGCACUGUGUCUCUAUCCUCCAGUGCCAUUCAUUUUCAGAGAUCUGAGCAAGCCCGUCACCCUCCCUGAUGGACGCUCCUUACCUGUAGGAAUCCCACUCUCCCUCUUCUUUUAUGGGCUUCACCACAACCUGAAGGUGUGGCCGAAACCAGAGGUGUUUGACCCAUCCAGGUUAGCACCAGGUUCUUCUCAACACAGGGCUUUCCUGCCCUUCUCAGGAGGAUCCAGGUGA